GGAUCCUCACUUUCUCGCUGCUCUUCGUCCACGUCUGCGAGUUCGCCGAGGGCAUCGUCUCCGACAAGAUGAUGCUGACCACCACCCACCUUCAUCUCUUCUUGCCGGCCUUCAUGGGUUUCAUCGCCGCGACAACAUCAGUCGUUUACUAUCACAACAUCGAGACGUCCAACUUCCCCAAACUGCUGCUUGUCCUCUUCAUCUACUGGGUGUUGGCGUUCAUCACCAAGUCCAUCAAGCUGUGGAAGUUUGCAUCGCACGAGGUGGGCCCUCAGCACCUGAGGUUCUGCAUCACGGCGCUGUUGGUGCUGCUGUACGGGCUGCUGAUGGCCGUGGAGAUCAACGUCAUCAGAGUCAGGAAGUACGUGUUCUUUGCCAACCCCCAGAAGGUGAAACCCCCCGAGGAUUUGCAGGAUUUAGGCGUUCGCUUCCUGCAGCCGUUUGUCAACCUGCUGUCUAAGGCAACAUAUUGGUGGAUGAAUCCUCUGAUUAUCGGAGCCCACAAGAGGCCGAUCGAGUUGAAGAAGAUCGGGAAGCUGCCCAUCGCCAUGAGAGCGCUCACCAACUACCUGAAGCUCAAAGACGCCUACGAGGACCAGAGGACAGCAGAGGAUCCCAACAAAGCCCCGUCCAUCUGGCGCUCCAUGUACCGAGCGUUCGGACGGCCCAUCCUGCUCAGCUCCACCUUCAGAUACCUGGCCGACCUGCUGGGCUUCGCCGGGCCGCUCUGCAUCUGCGGCAUCGUCAAGUACCUGAAGAAGGACAAGUUGUCAGAGCAGGACAAGGCCAAGGCAUUGGAGGCGAUGAUGAUUAGUGUAGCAAAUAACACUAAAAUGGACGUGUACUUCAUACCGUCCACCGAGCUGCUUCAGAACCCCUCAGUUCUCGCUGUUCUUCUCUUCCUGGCGUUGAUCCUGCAGAGGACCUUCCUGCAGGCGUCAUACUACGUUACCAUAGAGACCGGCAUCAACCUGCGCGGAGCCCUGCUGGCGAUGAUUUACAACAAGAUCCUGCGUCUGUCCACCUCCAACAUGUCGAUGGGGGAGAUGACGAUCGGGCAGAUCAACAACCUGGUUGCUAUUGAGACCAACCAGCUGAUGUGGUUCUUCUUCCUCUGCCCCAACCUUUGGGCCAUGCCUGUGCAGAUUAUUAUGGGAGUGAUCCUGCUCUAUUACCUGCUGGGCUGGAGCGCUCUGGUCGGAGCGUCUGUUAUCGUCCUGCUGGCCCCCGUCCAGUACCUCAUCGCUACAAAGCUGGCAGACACUCAGAAAAGCACACUGGAGCACUCUACAGAUCGUCUGAAGAAGACCUCGGAGAUCUUGAAGGGUAUAAAGUUGUUAAAGCUUUACGCCUGGGAGAAUAUCUUCUGCGACAGCGUGGAGGAAACCAGAGGGAAGGAGCUCACCAGCCUCAGGACCUUCGCCUUCUACACCUCCAUGUCCAUCUUCAUGAACGCUGCGAUCCCCAUUGCUGCCGUGCUCGCGACGUUUGUGAUGUCUCAUUUCCUGAAUGAAAAAGGCCCCACUCCUCACGAGGCCUUCGCUGCUCUGGCGCUGUUCCACAUCCUCGUCACUCCUCUCUUCCUGCUCUCCACUGUGGUCAGAUUCGCUGUGAAGGCUCUCGUCAGUGUCGAGAAGCUCAAUGAGUUUCUCCAGAGUGACGAAAUCGGAGACGACAGCUGGAGGAACGGUGACAUGUCUGUUUCCAUGGAAGCAGGAAAGAAACACUCAGGCGGGACCAAAGCCAUCAACAGGAAGCAGCCGAUACGCUACCAGAUGGAUAACUACGAGCUGCCGACCAGGCGACAGAUGAGACCCACGGAGACGGAGGAUGUGGCUGUCAAGGUGAGCAAUGGAUUCUUCACCUGGGGAAGCAACCUGUCCACGCUGUCCGACAUCAACAUCUGCAUCCCCACAGGUCAGCUGACCAUGAUUGUAGGCCAGGUGGGUUGUGGGAAAUCCUCUCUGCUGCUGGCCAUGCUCGGGGAGAUGCAGACCAUCGAUGGGAGGGUCUACUGGAGCAAGCAGUCUGAUAAUGAGAUGGCUCACGAGGGGAACAUCAGUUGGUCAGGGGCAGAGGAGAGAGAUGAAGACGUCCAGAGCAAGAACAGGUACUCUGUGGCCUACGCUACCCAGAAGUCCUGGCUGCUCAACGCCACGGUGGAAGAAAACAUCACCUUCGGAAGUCCUUUCAACAAGCAGAGGUACAAGACGGUGAUAGACGCUUGUUCUCUGCAGCCUGAUAUCGACCUGCUGCCUUUUGGAGACCAAACUGAGAUUGGAGAGAGGGGCAUCAACCUGAGUGGAGGUCAGAGACAGAGGAUCUGCGUGGCCAGAGCGCUCUACCAGAACACCAACAUCGUCUUCUUGGACGAUCCCUUCUCAGCUCUGGAUAUCCACCUCAGCGAUCACUUGAUGCAGGAGGGCAUCCUGAAGUUCCUGCAGGACGAUAAACGCACCGUGGUCCUGGUCACCCACAAACUGCAGUACCUCAUACACGCCGACUGGAUCAUAGCGAUGAAGGACGGCUCGGUGCUGAGAGAAGGAACUCUGAAGGACAUCCAGACGCACGACAUCGAGCUCUACGAACACUGGAAGACGCUGAUGAACCGCCAGGACCACGGCCUGGAGAAGGACAUCCAGCAAGACAGUCAAACAACGCUGGAGAGGAAAACUCUGAGAAGGGCUUUCUACCCCAGAGAGACCAAGAACCAAAUGGACGAUGAAGACGAAGAGGAGGAAGAGGAGGAGGAAGAUGAUGACAACAUGUCUACAACCACCAACAGAAGAUCAAAGGUCCCAUGGAGGGUGUGCUGGUGCUACCUUUCCUCCGGAGGUUUCUUCAUGGUCUUCCUCAUGGUUUCCUCUAAACUUCUCAAACACUCCGUCAUCGUGGCCAUCGAUUACUGGCUGGCCAUCUGGACUUCUUCUAAAACCAACGCCACGUCCGUAUCGGGAACAAACGCCGGGAAUGAGACCAACACCACGGACGCUUUCAGCAGCAACAACAACUUCACAAACAGCACCAGACCUGCAGACCCACACUCUGGGAUCGACCCGUACUACCUGCCUGUGUUCGUCAUCCUGUGUGCGGCGGGCAUCACUCUGUGUCUCAUCACGUCUCUCACCGUGGAGUUCCUCGGUGUCUCUGCGGCCACCAACCUGCACCACAACCUGCUGAACAAGAUCAUCCACGCUCCCAUCAGGUUCUUUGACAUCACUCCUCUGGGGCUGAUCAUCAACAGAUUCUCCGCCGACACCAACAUCAUAGAUCAGCACAUUCCUCCCACCCUGGAGUCUUUAACGAGAUCCACGCUGCUCUUACUGUCGGCCAUCGGCGUGAUUUCCUCCAUCACUCCAGCCUUCCUCAUCGCUCUCGUUCCUCUGGCCGUCGCCUUCUACUUCAUCCAGAAGUACUUCAGGGUGGCCUCCAAAGACCUCCAGGACCUCGAUGACUCCACUCAGCUGCCUCUGCUCUGCCACUUCUCUGAGACCGCUGAGGGUCUGACUACCAUUAGAGCAUUCAGGCACGAGGCUCGUUUUAAGCAGCGUAUGUUGGAGCUGACAGACACCAACAACACCGCCUACUUGUUUCUGUCCGCCGCCAACCGCUGGCUGGAGGUCCGCACGGAUUACCUUGGAGCGGUGAUCGUUCUGACGGCUGCAGGAGCUUCGAUCUGGAGUUUUCGGUACAGCCACGACCACGGGGCCCUCGUUGGCCUCGGACUCACCUACGCCCUCACUGUCACUAACUAUCUGAACUGGGUGGUGAGGAACCUGGCGGACCUCGAGGUGCAAAUGGCCGCCGUGAAGAAGGUCAACAGCUUCCUGGGAACCGAGUCGGAGAACUACGAGGGGUCCAUGGACGCCUCUCAGGUGCCGGAGAACUGGCCUCAGACCGGAGAGAUAAAGAUCCAGGAUCUGUGUGUGCGCUACGACCCGAUGCUGAAGCCGGUGCUCAAACACGUCAACAUGUACAUCGAGCCGGGCCAGAAGGUGGGAAUCUGCGGACGCACCGGCAGCGGGAAGUCCUCUCUGUCUCUGGCCUUCUUCAACAUGGUGGAUAUCUUCGAAGGGAAGAUCGUCAUCGAUGGGAUCGACAUCUGUAAACUUCCUCUGCAGACGCUCAGGUCGAGACUCUCCAUCAUCCUGCAGGACCCCGUGCUGUUCAGUGGAUCAAUACG